GCGCCGUCCUUCCCCCGCCGCCGCCGCCGCCUUCGCGCUCGGGCCGGGCUCGGCGGGCCCCUCAGCCGCAGCCAUGGGGUGCUGGGGUCGGAACCGGGGCCGGCUGCUGUGCAUGCUGGCGCUGACCUUCAUGUUCAUGGUGCUGGAGGUGGUGGUGAGCCGGGUGACCUCGUCCCUGGCGAUGCUCUCCGACUCCUUCCACAUGCUGUCGGACGUGCUGGCGCUGGUGGUGGCGCUGGUGGCCGAGCGCUUCGCCCGGCGGACCCACGCCACCCAAAAGAACACGUUCGGCUGGAUCCGGGCCGAGGUGAUGGGGGCUCUGGUGAACGCCAUCUUCCUGACCGGCCUCUGCUUCGCCAUCCUGCUGGAGGCCAUCGAGCGCUUCAUCGAGCCGCACGAGAUGCAGCAGCCGCUGGUGGUCCUCGGGGUCGGCGUGGCCGGGCUGCUGGUCAACGUGCUGGGGCUCUGCCUCUUCCACCACCACAGCGGCUUCGGCCAGGAAUCCGGCCACGGCCACUCGCACGGGGGGCACGGCCACAGCCACGGCCUCCCCAAGGGGAUCCGCGUCAAGAGCAACCGCUCCGGGGGCAGUGACACCAACAUGGCCCGGGGCGAGCAGGGGCCCGAGCAGGAGGAGACCAACACCCUGGUAGCCAACAGCAGCAACUCCAACGGGCUGAAAUUGGACCCGGCAGAUCCAGAAAAAUCCAGAAGUGAUGAUGCAGUGGAAGUACAAGUGAACGGGAAUCUUAUCAGAGAAUCUGACCUUAUGGAGUUGGAAGAAGAAGAUAGGGCAGGACAACUUAACAUGCGUGGAGUUUUUCUGCAUGUCCUUGGAGAUGCCUUGGGUUCAGUGAUUGUAGUAGUAAAUGCCUUGGUCUUUUACUUUUCUUGGAAAGGUUGUUCUGAAGGGGAUUUUUGUGUGAACCCAUGUUUCCCUGACCCCUGCAAAGCGUUUGUAGAAAUAAUUAAUAGUACUCACGCACCAGUUUAUGAGGCUGGUCCUUGCUGGGUGCUGUAUUUAGAUCCAACUCUUUGUAUUGUAAUGGUUUGUAUACUUCUUUACACAACUUAUCCAUUACUUAAGGAAUCUGCUCUUAUCCUUCUACAAACUGUUCCUAAACAAAUUGAUAUCAGAAAUUUGAUAAAAGAACUUCGAAAUGUUGAAGGAGUUGAGGAAGUUCAUGAAUUACAUGUUUGGCAACUUGCUGGAAGCAGAAUCAUUGCCACUGCUCACAUAAAAUGUGAAGACCCAACGUCAUACAUGCAGGUGGCUAAAACCAUUAAAGACGUUUUUCAUAAUCACGGAAUCCACGCUACCACCAUUCAGCCUGAAUUUGCUAGUGUAGGCUCUAAAUCAAGUGUAGUCCCAUGUGAACUUGCUUGCAGAACUCAGUGUGCUUUGAAGCAAUGUUGUGGGACACUGCCACAAGCCCAUUCUGGAAAGGAUGCAGAAAAGACCCCAGCAGUUAGCAUUUCUUGUUUAGAACUUAGUGACAAUCUAGAGAAGAAGCCCAAGAGGACUAAAGUUGAAAACAUCCCUGCUGUUGUGAUAGAGAUUAAAAAAAUGCCAAACAAACAACCUGAAUCAUCUUUGUGA